CUGUGUUUGCGGUGCCCUGGUGCUGGUGCUUGCGCCCUGCUGCUUUCAUCAUACCUAUGCUUGCAGGCAGUGUUAGAUCUCAUCUUUGUCACAAGCACCGCAUAGGUUUCCGGCAUCAUGUGGAAUGACGAAGACAACAACCCUUACGGCGGGAGCUUUGAGCGCCGAGACUCCUUUGCAUCUUCUGCGAACCCAUCUUCCCCCGUCACGCGCGACUAUCCCCGAUACGAUGCCCCCAACACGCCAUCUUCCACAGGCGACGAACCUGCCCGUCGCCAGUCCUCGGACGCCGAGAGCGAGGAGGAGGAAAAUGCCCGCUCGCAGGGCGAGCUGGUGCCGCGGCGCAAGCCUGGUGGAUAUGACAGCCGCGUCGAGCAGAUGCUCUACGAGAACCCGGACCUCCCCAUCUUGAUUACAGAUGCCGGGAAGAGCUCGGAGAGCGGGAGAUACAUCGUCUACACGAUCAAGACGGGAGAGCUUAUAGUGCGCCGGCGCUACUCGGAGUUCGCAUCGCUCAGAGAUGCGCUUACGAGGCUACACCCGACCCUCAUCAUACCGCCGAUCCCUGAGAAGCAUACCAUGGCCGACUACGCCGCCAACCCGACCAACGCAAAGCAGGAUCAGCAGAUAAUCGACCUGCGGAAGCGCAUGCUGGCCGUCUUCCUGAACCGGUGUCGAAGGAUGGAGCAGGUCCGGACAGACGGUGUUUGGUGGAGAUUUCUCGACCCGAAUUCGAGCUGGUCUGAAGUGCUACACUCUCACCCGGUAGCGUCCAUUCCCAAAUCGAUAAUGAAGGCGCCGCCGCUGGAUCCCGCCAACCCCACACCCGGACACGACUAUCUCCCCACUCCGGGUAAUUCUGCAAAGCUAAAGUCGGUGCCGGCGCCGCCGGUGGCGGACAGCUCGGCCGGCGCCCAGGUCUUUGCUCGGUUUCCGCCGGAGAGCAGCUCCCUGAGCGAGCAAGAACUCGACCCUUACUUCACCGCCUUCGAGACAUCCAUCAGGGAGCUUGAGUCGCUCCUCGUGGGGCCCAUGGAGAAGGUCAACCGGCGCACAUUAAGCCAUCUGUCCUCUCUGGGCUCGGACUUGGCUGAGUUGGGCGCUAAAUAUAACGCCUUUGCACUUUCAGAGCCAGCUCCGUCGCUCGCGCCCGCGAUUGAAAGGAUCGGGCAGGCAGCGGAUGCGUCGUACAUUGCCACCGAGGAGCUCUCAAGCUCGCUGGGUGCAAGCUUCGCCGAGCCGAUGCGCGAGAACGCGCAGUUUGCCGGGGUCAUCAGAAGCGUCUUGCGAUACAGGGUGUUGAAGAGGGUGCAACAAGACAUGACGGCGGAUGAACUCGCGAAGAAGAAGGCGCUGCUGGACCAGCUGGAGCGAAGCGAGGCGGAGGCAAGGAGAAUCGAGCAGUACCUCGCCGCCAAUCAGGCGACCCCGCCGCCUCCGAGGAGAUCGGCGAGCAUGAGGGAACCGCAGACGCAUCGGCGCGAUGGCAGUAACGAAGACACAGCGUCGAUCGACUCGGACUUCCCACCCACCCACGGCGACCUCUCGUCGGCGCCAUCCGCUAACGUCGGAGCGCCGGAAAGGACGGCCGCGGCGCCCAGCCAUCGGAAGGCCCCGAGCGCGGCGUCCAUCACGAACAAGAUCUUCGGCCCCCUUCGUCACGCCGUCCAGGGGGUGGUCGACGCGGACCCGGAGAAGACGCGGCGCGACACCAUCACCAAGACUCGGGAGUCGAUCGCGCAGCUCGAGCAGGCGAAGAUCGCCUCGGCCCAGGACGUCAAGGAUGCCAGUGCAAGCAUCCUGAAAGACCUGAAGAGGUUCCAGCGGGAGAAGGAGGAAGACUUGAAGCGUUACAUGCUCGCCUACGCCAAGAGCCAGAUUGAGUGGGCGAAGAAGAAUAAGGAGACGUGGGAGGAGGCGAAGGCCGAGGUGGAGAGGAUCGACGAGUCCUAGGGGCCGGGGCCAGGGCCAGUGAUGCACUCAUGCUCAUGCCUGCGUUAAGGUAACCAACGUCCCAAGGAGCGGCGCCGCAGCCCCCUCCCCUCUUUCGAGGUCCAACUAGCAUCGGGCCUACGCUUGUAAUGUGUUAAUGAAAAAGCGAUGGAUCAAUAGAUGCAAGCGAUCCCGGCUGUGGGAUUGCAUCAGCUGGGCACCGUGAGUUGGUGAUCCCUGGUCUGCCGGUGCUGCUGUCCGAUGAUGAUUGUACUUGCCUUAUGUACCGACCAACGUUAUGUCCUCGGUGUCAACACGCAUCACCUCAGCGUUGAGAUACUCGAUAUUCAACACUGUGCAUGUUACUGUGUGCUUUACUGUGUGACCCCGGAGCCCGAUAAGAUAAGUGAUUUGAACUGUCGAGG